AUGCAUGAUGGAACGAAGCUGGCGCUGGCAGCAUGUCGCCAGCCCUACACGACGAACUCGAUUGAGAUUCUGGCAGUCUUGGCCCACGCUGCUUCGGAGGCGCCCGGCUUCAAUGUUCCCUUCCUUCAAUGUUCCCUUCCCCGCAUCGCCAACCGCCCGCUCUGCCCCCACCAUUUGAUUCUUAGGGGUGGGAUAAAGCGCACGCAGGCGUCACCCGCCUUGCCUCCCCGCCAAUCUCUGCACGCCGUGCCACGGUAUGUGCGCCUCGAGAUUCUGCUUAUUGAGGGGAACUGCCUGCAACUGGGACUUCCUUACUUUGAAGAGCAUCAUCUCAGAUACGCCCGCCGAGACUCGCCCCCUCCCCUCUCCGCCGACCACACCGCCGAAGCGCGCGCCGCCCUCAUCGCAUCCAUCAGCAACCUCGUCGACACGGAGCUCACCCCGCGCGCCCAAGCCCUGCACGCCGGCGCCGCCGCUCUCACCCGCCAGGAGCGCGACGUGACCCGCGCCACGGCCGCCCUGCGCGCCGAAAACGAAAAGCUCGAGAAGCUGGCCAGCGGCGCGGCGCGGGACAUCAAGAUGAUUGGGAGCGUGCAGAACUGGGCCGAGGUGCUGGAGAGGGACUUUGUCGUGCUCGAGGAGACGGUGCGCUUGGUCAGGGAUGGGUGCGGGAGCGAUUGCUGCAGCUGCCCGGAUUUGGAUGAGAUGGCACGGAAACUCGCCGCUCUCAAUUUCGGCGCUCCCGCCCCGGCCAUCCCCACCGUGGAGUCCACGGCAGCUGCCCCGACCCUCCUAGACGCGGUUAGCCCGACGUCAGCCUCGACCCCAGCACCGGCCCCGGCCCCGGUUUCCACCCAGCCCGUCCAUGAGCAGCCGCCGAGAAAGGCCCCCGACCUGGACAGGAUGGCCCGGAAGCUCGCCGCGCUCAACUUCGCGACCCCUUCCCUCGCCCUCCCCACCGUCAGCACCACCGCCGCCACCGCCACGACUCUCCACGACAUCUCGGCCACCCUACCCAUUCACCCGUCUCCUCUGGCCAAAUCGUCCCCCAACACGGCCGUCGCGCCAGAAUCCAUACCUCUGCCCCCAGAUACGCCAGCGGACGACCUGUACGCGGACGGUGACCAUUACGACGGCACUACAUCGAGGGCGAGCUUAUCGGAGUCGAGUCGGAGCCUCGUGGGCACCGAAUCCCCGUUUGAGCAGGAUAGAACGGCCGCGCAAUCAGACACGACGUCAUUAGCAACGACGAUUUGA